AUGGCAAGGAAACUCACUGUAUUGGAAGUCCUUCUGAUCAUCUUCUUCCUAACUGUGCUGGCCUUAGAUAUCUUCUUGAUGUUUUUUGUGUUUGAGAAAACUGAAGAGGCUGCAUUUGUUCCAGAAUGCCCAGAGAUCCCUGAGUCAGAGAGGAUAGACUGUGCUCCAGGCCAGGUGGUGUCAGAGGAUGCCUGCAGCCAGCAACGUAAGUGCUGCUGGAAACCUGUGCCAGAUAUUAAUGUCCCCUGGUGCUUCUUCCCCAGGAACUGGGGCUAUCACAUCAUCAGUAGGCAGAAUGAUACAAAGACAGGGUUUACAGCUCAGUUGGAAAAGUUGUCAUUCCCAUCUCUGUUUGGAUAUGAUGUCAAGGAGGCUGGCUUCACAGCUGAAUAUCAGACAUCCAAUCGUUUUCAUUUUAAGAUCAAUGAUAUCAACAACAGACGCUAUGAAGUGCCCCCUGAAAUUAUUAACCUGUCUGAUAGGACUACCAAUACCUCCAAUUUGAACUAUUAUGUAGAGGUCAUUGAUAAGCCCUUCAGCAUCAAAAUAAUGAGGACCAGCAACAAAAGAGUCUUAUUGGACACGAGCAUCGGGCCCCUGCAGUUCGCCCAGCAGUACCUGCAAUUGUCCUUCCGACUGCCCAGCACUGCUGUGUAUGGGCUGGGGGAGCAUGUGCACCAGGAGUACCGCCACAACAUGACCUGGAAGACCUGGCCCAUCUUCACUCGUGAUGCCGUGCCCACCAAGGGAAUGAUUAAUCUGUAUGGAGCUCAUACAUUCUUCCUGUGCCUUGAAGACACCAGCGGUGCCUCUUUUGGGGUGUUUCUGUUGAACAGUAAUGCCAUGGAGGUCACCCUGCAGCCUGCUCCCGCGAUCACUUACCGCACAAUUGGGGGCAUCCUUGACUUUUACAUAUUCCUGGGAAAUACUCCAGAACAAGUGGUUCAGGAGUAUCUGGAGCUCAUUGGACGACCAUUCAUGCCUCCCUACUGGAGUCUUGGGUUCCAGCUUAGUCGCAGGAACUAUGGUGGCAUCAAUGGGUUGAAGAAGGUUGUGGAUCGAAAUCGUGUAGCUCAGAUCCCUUAUGAUGUCCAGUACUCUGACAUAGACUACAUGGAUGGAAAUAAGGAUUUUACUACUGAUGAAAAGGCUUUCCCUAAUCUCUCAAAUUUUAUCAACGACUUACAUAAGCAAGGACUGAAAUAUGUAAUCAUUAUGAAUCCUGGCAUCUUAAAUAACUCUGACUACCAGCCCUAUAUGAAUGGAAGCCACAAGAGAGUAUGGAUCUUGGGGGACAAUGGCUUUGUCGUUGGGCAGGGAUACCCCGGAUGGACAGUGUUUCCUGAUUAUAGUAAUCCGACUUGCACUCAGUGGUGGACGGAGCAGUUCAGUGAAUUUCAUAAAACUCUCAAGUUUGAUGGAGUAUGGAUUGAAAUGGAUGAAGUAUCCAGCUUUCUCCACGGUUCUGAUGGCGAGUGUGAACAUAAUACCUUCAACUUUCCUCCUUUUACUCCCCGAAUUCUGGACCGCUUGCUUUUUGCAAGAACCCUGUGCAUGGAUGCCGAAUUUCAGUGGGGUCUUCAUUAUGAUGUCCACAGUUUGUACGGCUACUCCAUGGCAAAAGCAACAGACUCGGCCAUGAAGAAUAUCUUCCCCAACAAAAGUAACUUGAUCUUAUCCCGUUCUACUUUUGCUGGAUCUGGCAAAUAUGCUGCACAUUGGUUGGGGGACAAUGCAGCCACAUGGGAUGAUCUCCGAUGGUCCAUCCCUAGUAUCCUUGAGUUCAACCUGUUUGGUAUCCCCAUGGUAGGUGCCAACAUCUGUGGUUACACAAAAGAUGUCACAGAGGAGCUCUGCACAAGAUGGAUGCAGCUUGGAGCAUUUUAUCCACUAUCAAGGAAUCACAACGGGCCUGAGUUCAGGGACCAGGAUCCUGCUGCCUUUGGUGAACACUCUCUGUUGGUGAAUUCCUCCAGAUAUUAUCUGAACAUCCGCUACACCCUGCUGCCCUACCUCUACACCCUUUUCUACCGAGCUCACACCCGGGGGGACACUGUAGCAAGGCCCCUGGUCCAUGAGUUCUACCAGGACCCAGCUACUUGGGGCAUACAUGAGCAGUUCCUAUGGGGGCCUGGACUCCUCAUCACGCCUGUUUUAUAUGAGGGUGUGGACCGAGUGAAAGCAUACAUACCGGACGCCAUCUGGUACGACUAUGAGACAGGGGUAGCCAUCCAGUGGAGGAAGCAAUUGGUGGAGAUGCUGCUGCCACUCGAUAGGAUAGGACUUCACCUCCGAGGGGGCUUCAUAUUUCCCAUCCAACAACCCAGCACAACCACAGAGGCCAGUCGAAAGAAUUCCCUGGGACUCAUUGUUGCCUUGGACUACAAGAGACAGGCACGGGGCGAGCUGUACUGGGAUGAUGGUGUAUCUAAUGAUGCUGAAAAGAAGUAUAUUCUAUAUGAUUUUUCUGUCAGAUCUAAUCGUCUACAGGCAAAGACUGUAAAUAAUAACUAUACGGACCCUAACAACCUCAUGUUUACAGAUAUCAUAAUCUUGGGAAUGGACAAGCAGCCUACUGAUUUUAUUGUCUUACAUAGUAAUUCUGCCACCUCCGUUUCAAAUGUUGCCUACAAUGUUUCAUCAAAGAUGGUGAAGAUCAGUGAUCUCAAGGGACUGGCACUUGGUCAGAAUUUCUCCAUCGAAUGGAAACUUACAGUCAGUGACCUGGAGAAAUUCAACUGCUACCCUGAGGAUCCUGUGGUGUCUGAGGAGAGUUGCCGGCAGCGGGGGUGCCUUUGGGAGAACACAACUGUUCCUAAAGUGCCCACCUGUUACUACGACACCAUCCCUAGUUAUGCCGUCAGUAACAUUCAGUACCUGCCUACGGGCAUCACCACAAAACUUGCCCACCUGGGGGCCCCUGAAUCAGCCCGAGCAGCCACUGCCUCUGGCUCUCUCUCUGCGACAAUCAGCUUCCUCCAGCUGAGCGUGAUCUACCACACAGAAUACAUGCUGCAGUUCAAGAUCUUUGAUUCCACGAACAAAAGAUACGAGGUCCCCGUGCCUCUGAACAUCCCUCCCUCUCCAGUUGGUUCCCCUGAAGACCGUCUGUAUGACGUCAAGAUUCAAAACAAUCCUUUUGGGAUCCAGAUUCGAAGAAAAAGCUCUGGCACUGUGAUUUGGGAUUCUCAGCUGCCUGGCUUCACCUUCAACGACAUGUUCCUCUCCAUUUCUACUCGCCUCCCCUCUCAGUACAUCUAUGGCUUUGGGGAGACGGAGCACACAGCUUUCAGAAGAAAUAUGAGCUGGACCACGUGGGGAAUGUUUGCUCGUGAUGAGCCCCCAGCAUACAAGAAGAAUUCCUAUGGCGUCCACCCCUACUACAUGGCACUGGAGGAAGAUGGCAGUGCCCAUGGGGUGCUCCUGCUAAACAGCAAUGCCAUGGAUGUAUCAUUCCAGCCCACUCCUGCCCUGACAUACCGCACCACAGGAGGGAUUUUGGACUUUUAUAUGGUUUUAGGGCCAACCCCUGAGCUUGUAACUCAACAAUACACUAAGUUGAUUGGUCGGCCAGCAAUGACUCCAUACUGGGCCUUGGGAUUCCAGCUAAGUCGCUAUGGAUACCAGAAUGAUACUGAGAUCUCCCAAUUGUAUGAGGCAAUGAUGGCGGCACAGAUUCCCUAUGACGUCCAACACUUAGACAUCGAUUACAUGGAGCGGAAGCUGGACUUCACUCUGAGCUCCAGCUUCAAAAACCUCAGCUUCUUGAUUGAGCAAAUGAAGAAUAAUGGCAUGAGAUUCAUUCUCAUUCUGGACCCAGUUAUUUCUGGCAACGAGACCAAGUAUGAGCCAUUCACCAGAGGGAAGGAAAACAAUGUGUUCAUCAAAUGGCCCAACAGUAAUGACAUUGUCUGGGGAAAGGCUUGGCCAGAACUGCCCAAUGUGAAUGUGGAUACAUCCCUUGACCAUGAAACUCAGGUUAAGCUGUACAGAGCCAACGUUGCUUUUCCAGACUUCUUACGUAAUAGUACAGCCGCAUGGUGGAAGAUGGAAAUCAAAGAGCUCUAUGAAGAUUUCCAAAAGCCAGGGAAGAACUUGAAGUUUGAUGGACUAUGGAUUGAUAUGAAUGAGCCAUCAAACUUUGUGGAUGGAUCCGUCAGGGGCUGCAGCGAUGAAAUUCUUAAUAAUCCACCCUAUAUGCCAUAUUUGGAGUCCAGGGAAAAGGGCCUGAGCAGCAAGACCCUGUGCAUGGAGAGUGAGCAGAUCCUGCCAGACGGCUCGCGGGUGCGGCACUACGACGUUCACAGCCUGUACGGAUGGGCCCAGACCAGACCCACCUACGAAGCUGUGCAGGAAGUGACAGGAAAGCGAGGGGUCGUCAUCACGCGCUCCACGUUCCCCUCUUCUGGCCGCUGGGGAGGCCACUGGCUGGGCGACAACACAGCCGCGUGGGACCAGCUAAGGAAAUCCAUCAUCGGCAUGAUGGAGUUCAGUCUCUUUGGAAUAUCAUAUACAGGAGCAGAUAUUUGUGGCUUCUUUGGAAAUGCUGAAUAUGAGAUGUGUGUUCGCUGGAUGCAACUGGGGGCCUUUUAUCCCUUUUCCAGAAACCACAACACCAUCGGGACCAGGAGACAAGAUCCUGUGGCCUGGAAUUCAACGUUUGAGAUGUUCUCCAGAAAAGUCCUUCAGACCAGAUACACCCUGCUGCCCUACCUCUACACUUUGAUGCAUAAAGCUCAUGUUGAGGGCAGCACUGUCGUCCGACCCCUUUUCCAUGAGUUUACGAAUGACAACGAAACGUGGGAUAUAGACCGUCAGUUCAUGUUGGGUCCUGCCCUCUUAAUCAGCCCUGUGCUGGAAAAUAAUACUUUUGCGAUUCUUGCUUAUUUUCCCAAAGCCCAUUGGUAUGACUACAGCACGGAAUCUGGCAAUGUGUCGACAGGUGAGUGGAAAAUCCUGGACGCACCCCUUGACCACAUCAACCUUCACAUCAGAGGAGGCUACAUCCUGCCUUGGCAAGAGCCCGCGAUGAACACUCAAGCCAGUCGACAAAAAUUUAUGGGAUUGAUUGUUGCUUUGGAUGACAAUGGGAAAGCUGAAGGCCAGAUAUUCUGGGAUGAUGGACAAAGCAUUGAUACCUAUGAAAAUGGAAACUAUUUCUUGGCAAAUUUUACUGCAGCUCAGAAUCUAUUGCAAAUCCAGACCAUAUACAAUAAGUAUCUGAGUGACUCAAAUCCACUGAAAGUUGGAUAUAUUAAAAUCUGGGGAACAAGCUCUACUUCUGUGAUACAGGUCACUCUCACCUAUGACAACCAGCAAAUUACAGUGGUGAAUUUUACGAGUGAACCUUACAGUCAGAAGCUGACUAUUCAACUUACCGACAAGAUUAUCAGCCUAGAAAAGCUAACAGAUGUUACAUGGAUAUAUGAAGGCCCUACAGUUUCUACUACAACUAUGACAAGUACCUUCCCCACAGGUUCUCUACAUCCUUCUACAGUCUCUACUACAGCUACCACUUUUGAGACUAUUAUCACUAGUUCUGUUUAUACUAGUACCACUCUUCCUAUCCCAACCACUACUUUCUCAGCAAGUACUAUUGAAGUUACAACUAGUAUUACUAGUCUUAAUACCACUACAUCUUUCCUAACAAGUACUACUGAAGUUAUAACUAAACCUAAUGUUUCUGAUAGCACUACGCCUUCCCCCACGAACACGACCGCUAGCCAUAGUACUCUUCCUACCACGGACACUCCCUUCCCCACAGGUACUACUGCCUUUACUACUACCACCAACCCUUACAGCACUACGCCUUCCCCCACCCCCACGAACACGACGGCUAGCCAUAGUACUCUUCCUGCCACGGACACUCCCUUCCCCACAGGUACUACUGCCUUUACUACUACCACCGCCCCUUACAGCACUACUCCUUCCCCCACCCCCACGAACACGACCGCCAGCAAUAGUACUCUUCCUGCCACGGACACUCCCUUCCCCACAGGUACUACUGCCUUUACUACUACCACCAACCCUUACAGCACUACGCCUUCCCCCACCCCCACGAACACGACCGCUAGCAAUAGUACUCUUCCUGCCACGGACACUCCCUUCCCCACAGGUACUACUGCCUUUACUACUACCACCAACCCUUACAGCACUACGCCUUCCCCCACCCCCACGAACACGACCGCUAGCCAUAGUACUCUUCCUGCCACAGACACUCCCUUCCCCACAGGUACUACUGCCUUUACACCUACUACCACCAACCCUUACAGCACUACGCCUUCCCCCACCCCCAUGAACACGACCGCUAGCAAUAGUACUCUUCCUGUCACGGACACUCCCUUCCCCACAGGUACUACUGCCUUUACACCUACUACCACCGCCCCUUACAGCACUACGCCUUCCCCCACCCCCACGAACACGACCGCUAGCAAUAGUACUCUUCCUGCCACGGACACUCCCUUCCCCACAGGUACUACUGCCUUUACACCUACUACUACCGUCCCUUACAGCACUACGCCUUCCCCCACGAACACGACCGCUAGCUAUAGUACGCUUUCUACCACAGUCACUCCCUUCCCGGCAGGUACUAAUACCUUUACACCUACUACUACUAUCCCUUAUAGCACUAUGCCUUCCCCUACAAGUGUCACUACUACUAACACUAGUGAUACCCUUCCUAUCACAAGCAGUCCCUUCCCAGAAAGCACUAUUGAAGUUACAGCUAGUACUGCUGUUACUAAUACCACUGUGCUUUCCCCUAUAAGUACUAUUGCUGGCACUAGUACUACUCUUCCUGUCAUAACCACUCAUUUCCCGACAAGUAAUACUGAUGCUCACACCAAUACUACUGUUCUAAUUGCCACUACUCUUUCCCCAAUAAGAACAGAUACUACUAGCACCAGUAAUACUGAUCCCAUUUCAACCACUCCUAUGAAUAGUAGUGCCAGUAGUAUUCUCAAUAGUUUUCCUAGUACGACUCCUUUUUCUGUAACUACUCAUGUUAUGAACACUACUGUUGCUAUGGUAACCACUUCUAUAAGUACUGAUGUUGCUAGCACUGGCAACCAUACUCCUAUUACCAGUUCUCCUUCCCCUACAAUAUCUGGUGGUAAUAGUACUAGUAAUACUAUUCCUACAGUAUCUAUUUCUUCUACAGAUAUUCACUCUAUUAGCACUAAUACCAUAGCUAUCUCUACUACCAAUACUAUAAAUAAUACAGGGCAGGCAGUAAAUAUUACUGAUGCAGAUAACUCUAGGAGUGUUCCAGGUAAUACUACACAUGUUUCUAUUCCAAAUACCACAAUAGCCUUAGGCACAUCAAUGACCACUCUAGUAGACACAACAACUCACCAUCAGGUAAAAAACUCUACAGUCAGUUAUUUACCUAUUAUUACAACUAAUGCUACCACCAGUAUUAUAAAUACUACCACAUAUGUUCUAAAUACUAUCAUUCUUGAUAGAACAACAAUGAAUGCUUCUGCUACCAAACCAACUUAUAUUGAUAAUGCCAUAAAUGCUACUCUAGUUCCAUGA